CCGACCCGUAUGAUGGUCGAGAGCCGAUCUACAAGCGCGAUCGUAGAGUUUCACCGUAGAUCAUUCGUGGCCCUCGGAAGGGUGCUGAAUCGAUCGUAAGGGCGCCACCCUUAGUUCUGUGAUGUACGAAAGUGAGCUACUUCUGGUGGAGAGUGUUGAUAGUGAGAGUUUUCCGCUAGUUUCUAUUGUUCAUUUGUUUUUUCUGGAAGCGAGGGUUGGCUACGUUAAAGAAGAUGUGCCAAAAAUACUUGCGAAUCACAUUCGUCCUAUGGCUGUGCAUUCAACCGUGGCUGUGCGACUGCGCCCAUCUAGAUGAUAUUUCGAGGCUGCGCCAGGAAAAUGGGGCCACCAACAAGUACUACUGCGGCAAGUACCUUACCGAAGCGUUGGCAACACUGUGCGAGGGAAACUAUCAAACGUUAAGACCAGUUCGUAUCCAUAAAAAGAGCUACUGGAAGUCCCAACUGUACACCGACCUACAAUCAGACGCGCCCUAUCAAAACCUGGGCAGAAGAAGAAGAAGACGAGUCACCAGGGGGGUGUACAACGAAUGCUGCGAGAAACCCUGCUCGAUCGAUCAGCUGAUGAUGUAUUGCGCAGCGCCUGCGCCCUCCGUAUGAAGGGACACGUGAUCGUUACCGUGAUAAUUGUUAUCACACCGGUGAUAAUUUUUAUAUGUGAAGUGCUGUGAAAAUGAUCAGGCCCAAAAUUGGGGCGAGGAAAGGGGAAGUAUAUACAUAUAAUGGUUCACCAUAAUGGCCAUUUUUGAUCUGCAAAUUAUAAAUAUACGGGUGGUAAGUGGUGAUGAAGGCAAAAAAUUAGUGAGAUUUUGAUAGAAGUAAUUUAGAAUAAUUAUUUAACGUUGAUGGUGCCGCGGCUAUACAAUUUGUAGGAGGAAUUUGGGAAUUGUAAUUUUUAAUGUUAUAACAGUCACAAACAAGAGAGGGCGCUAAGUCGUUAAUGACGAGAAACGAACUGUCACUGUUGCUGUCAUAUUUGUCAUAAAUUUGAAGCUUGUCAUAAUAUGUGACGUACUAAAUCUAAGGGUGGGCGUGGCCCCGAUGAUGUCAGAAGUAGAGUUGGGCAAAUCGAUUCAUACAAAUCGUACUAACUUAGUGAUUCCUAUUAAAUCUAAUUCAUAAAUGACGACGAAACAUUGUACUUAAGGACACUAGGUCAAAGAUAUAUAUAUAUUUUUUUUUACAUGAAAUGUACAAUAUGUUUUUUUUUUAAUAUUUAUACUUAAUAGUUUUGUAUUUUCUAGACGCGAUUUUGAUCAUUGGUGUGAUAGUCCAAUUAUUAUACCCAUCUCUUUAGGUCCAAAUAAAACGUGUGUAGAGGUAAUUUCAAAUUUCCACACGUACGUUAUAUAUAGAGAGAAUAAAAAACGCAUCUUCCGGACAAAAUGGCGGAAGAGCACGUUAACCUUGAAACCGUUUAGUGCUCCGUCCGACUCACAGUCGAAAAGACCGGAUGAUUAAUAAAGGUUUGUUAAGUUCCAGCAGAACAAAAUAUAUUUUAGGAAACCUAUUGAUGGAUGAUUAGGAAUUUCAGAAAUGAAUUGAAAUAAUUACUAUAUACAGGGUGUCUCAACUGUAUUUACACACAUUUUCGCCACAUUUAAAUUCUUUUUCUCAAAAAUGAAAAAUAAAAAAAUGAGAAAUCAGCCUUGGAAGGUGAGAACAUUUUCUGAAAAAAAAAAUCCCAGCAACAAAGUGCUCAUAUCUCUAAAUCAAAUUGAGCUAAAGACUUAAAAAUUGGCCUAUAGAUUUUUCGAAAAAACUUCAUUGGACACGUGUUUUAGGGUUUUUGCCAAAAGUUAAAAAUAAUGGAGAAAUCAGCCUUGGAAGUUGAAGAUAUUUUCUGGAAAAAAAUUAUUUAUUCCUAAGGACAAAAUGCUCAUAUCUCCGACCCUGAGUAAAAUAGAGACUUGACAAUUAGCACACAGAUUCUUGAAAUAAAUUCAUUAGACACCUAUUUCAGCAUUUUUUUGAAACUUUAAAAAUAAUUGCGAAAUCAGCCUUGGAAGUUGAAGAUAUUUUCUGAAAAAAAAAAUCAUUCCUAAGGACAAAGUGCUCAUAUCUUAGAACCUGAGUGAAGUAGAGACUUGAAAAUUGGCACACAUAUUCUUGAAAUAAAUUCAUUAGACACCUAUUUCACCAUAUUUUCCAAAAAUUAAAAAUAAUUCAGAAAUCAGCCUUGGAAGUUGAAGAUAUUUUCUGAAAAAAAAAAAUUAUUCCUAAGAACAAAAUACUCAUAUCUCCGACCCUGAGUAAGAUAGAGACUUAAAAAUUGACACACAGAUUCUUGAAAUAAAUUCAUUGAAAACCUAUUUCAGCGUUUUUUUCUAAAAAUUAGAAAAAAUUAAAAAUCACCCUUGGAAGUUGAAGAUAUUUUCUGAAAAAAAAAAUCAUUCCUAAGGACAAAAUACUCAUAUCUCCGACCCUGAGUGAAAUAGAGACUUGAAAAUUAGCACACAUAUUCUUGAAAUAAAUUCAUUGGACACCUAUUUCAGCAUUUUUUCCAAAAAUUAAAAAUAAUUCAGAAAUCAGCCUUGGAAGUUAAAGAUAUUUUCUGAAAAAAAAAAUAUUUAUUCCUAAGGACAAAAUACUCAUAUCUCCGACCCUGAGUAAGAUAGAGACUUAAAAAUUGGCACACAUAUUCUUGAAAUAAAUUCAUUAGACACCUAUUUCAGCAUAUUUUCCAAAAAUUAAAAAUAAUUCAGAAAUCAGCCUUGGAAGUUGAAGAUAUUUUCUGAAAAAAAAAAUUCAUUCCUAAGGACAAAGUGCUCAUAUCUUAAAACCUGAGUGAAGUAAAGACUUGAAAAUUGGCACACAUGUUCUUGAAAUAAAUUCAUUAGACACCUAUUUCAGCAUAUUUUCUAAAAAUUAAAAAUAAUUCAGAAAUCAGCCUUGGAAGUUGAAGAUAUUUUCUGGAAAAAAAUUAUUUAUUCCUAAGGGCAAAAUGCUCAUAUCUCCAACCCUGAGUAAGAUAGAGACUUGAAAAUUGGCAUACAGAUUCUUCAAAUAAAUUCAUUGGACACAUAUCUUAGCGUUUUUUCCAAAAAUUUUAACUUGAGAAAUCACCCUUGGAAGUUGAAAAUAUAUUAAAAAAAAAUUACUUGGGCAAGAUUAGUAAGUGAGUAAAGGGUAUUGACUCAACUGCCUGGACGAAUAUUUUGAUUACUUCCAGGCAGUUGAGUGAAUUCAAUCAAUUUACAGUGAAUAUACAAAUUUCCCGAAAUUUUAGCAAAUAAUUAUUAAAUAUUCUCCCAAGAUACUGACAAGCGAAUAUAUACAUUUCAGGAAUAUAUCACAAGGUGCAUUAAUUAUUCUAUAUUUAUGGUUUCAUUAAAAGUAAUUUCAUUUUUGCUUAAACGUCACUAUAAUUGUAUACUACCAUGAUAGAAUUUACUCAUAUAGGACGAUUUUUCAUAAAAAUUCUAUACUGUAUUCAGCCUUAAAAUGCCAUUAUUCUGUCAUUAUUCAUUAUUCUGUUCUGCAAAUUUUACAAAAUGGCUUCGCAUAUGUUUGGAUAAAAAGGAAUUAUUAUCACACUGACUCUCGAACUAAAAACUUGCUGUAACUGUAAAUUAAUUUUCACAUAUGUAAUUAGAUUCACCGAAUACGUUAAUACGAUUAAUAUGAUUUGUAUGAGUCGACAGGCCAGGGCAAAAUUCAAUCAUUCUAAUACGACCCACCUCUAGUCGGAAGGUUCCUAACCUAACGAAAUAAACACAACUGUUUAUUCGAAGAAUUUCUUAUUUACACCAACCGAUAUCUAUAAUAUAAAAUGUGGAAAACAAAGUGAAUGGCAUCUCUAUAUACAUAUAAUAAUGUUGCAGAAUAAUUCGUAUAUUGAUUUUUAAUCGGGUCCGCGUGGCAUUACGUCGCUUUGGACCUGACUGCAUUUAUAAAUUAUUGAUAAACGGGUUUUACGGUAUCUUAAAAGUCAAAUUCCGCCCGUGAUGAACCUUUGAUUGUUUGUGAACCAAAUAUUUUGUGAUAAGGCAAGUUUUUUUCGUCUUAUCACAAAUGCAUUUUUGUAAUAAUGGAAAUUAUCGAGUACCGUCCUUUGCUUAAAACCGUAGUAAGGUUUAAUCAAAUUUUAUAUGGGCACCACGAACUUAAUAAAUAUACCUGGACUGCUAAUGCAUAUUAUGACCACUGCCUGGUGGCCGUCAUUUUUAUAGAAAUUGUGUCCUUUUGAUGUUGGUCACUCUGAACAUUUUCAGUGUUGCCAACAAAAAAUAUAUUGAAUAACGGUAAUGAAGUUGACGACGCUGACGUGUGAGUAUAGCGGGUUGCCUAGUUUUUGGCGAUUUGUAAACGAUGCUUGAGUAUAUCGUCUGCAACAGGCGAUAUAGCUUCCUCCUUAUUUAAUACGUGGAUAAUGUAUCACCAUCCUUAUUUAACACGUUCGCGGACAGUGCUAACUUAAAAGUCGUAAAAAAAUAAUCACCUGUUUUUUUUACUUAAUUUAGUUGAUUUUUGCGGGAAUAUACGAAAUAUUGAAAGAAACAUGAUAUUUUUGCGUAUUUUUCUCUAUGAAUAGAAGACGGUUAUGACAGGUCCGUCCCACUAGAACAGAAAAAAGUAGUGUGGACUGUCCCACCACACUACUUUUUCUAGUCUAGUGGAACAGACCUGCUACCAUCGUCACGAUAAAAAAAAAGGAAAAAAUGAAUAUGAGCACAAAUAAUAUAUUCGUAUACAAAUACGUUUAUUCGCCUAAUCAAACAGAUCUAAAUCAAAAUACAAAAACCUUAUUUAACAUUCUCAAAAAAGCUAAACGAAAACACAAAAUUCAUUGGUAAAAGAUACCAGAAAACAUUUGAUAAAAACCCUAAGCGCUAUGCCAAGGUGCAAAGCACUCCACACUCAAUGCAGGCCUUUCAGGGCAGCCAGAGCAUCUGUAAUUGGUUUCCUUCCUCUUUGAAAAUUUUGAACAUUGCCUGCAUCGUAAGAAAUAUCGCUUCCUUGAAUAGUUAUCAGGAAC